AUGUCAUCAGAUUCGGAGCCCGCGGUUCCCAUGGACACAUCCACUUCCGCACCCUCGACGUCAGCUGCUGUGAAUAGGAAGAAUGAUCCUACAAUAAUAGUGGAUCCUGAUGACAAGAAUCGUGAAGUAGGCAGUGCAAGGAAGCCAGGAAUUGAGAUAGACGAAGGACAGAAAAUCAAGUGCAUCACUUCAAUAGUUAACAGCUACAUAAAGCUCUUUGUCUCCAUGGGUAUAAAUGCAGGGGAUUUCAACAACCUAGAUGUGUGCACCCAGUUAACAAAUAUCCUAUUCACAGGAUACAGCGUGCUGAGGCAGACUGCGAACGGGACAGGAGACGGGAUUAAGGGAAAAGCAGAGAAGAGUGGGUUCACUGUGAACGCUAGCCAGAAAAAGCACUCAACUACUCUCACAAAAGUGAUGGAGAUCGUUAAGGAAAGUUUCAAAAAGGAGGGGCUUGAGUUCAUAAAGUUCAGCCCGAAAGACAAGGCCAAUUGGUAUGACAAUGGACAGAAAGGUGACGUACCAAACCACUCCAAAGUAUUGCAUUUUUUCAAGUCAGAGGCAUGUACACAAACAGAUAUUUGUAUGGGCAUUGACAAAGAUGUCAAAAAUGCUACAUCGACGUCUGAUAAAGGAAUUCAUGCUGUUCCCAUACAAUCUGAUAAAUCAGUCCAAAGUGGAUUCCAGCACGAAAUUGUUACAGACAAUGGACAGAAAGGUGACGUACCAGACCCCUCCAAAGUAUUGCAUUUUUUCAAGUCAGAGGCAUGUACACAAACAGAUAUUUGUAUGGGCAUUGACAAAGAUGUCAAAAAUGCUACAUCGACGUCUGAUAAAGGAAUUCAUGCUGUUCCCAUACAAUCUGAUAAAUCAGUCCAAAGUGGAUUCCAGCACGAAAUUGUUACAGUACACCAAUAUGGAACAAGAGCAAGAGGACGAGGUAGGGGAAUGUCCCCCAUGGGUACCCCCAGAGCACAUGACGGGGGCAUAGGUCAACAGGGUGAGCUGCAUGAUAAGCAGCAUCAAGGUAGGCCUAGUCUAGUAGAUCCUGAGACAGCCUCAGCUUUGUGUGCGCAGGCCAAACCCAAGGGGCCACUCCGUGGUGAGACUGCUUCAGAACAAUUUGCAGAUGUUACAGAGCCACAGGGCCAUAAUAGCAAAAAAUCAGUGCGGGGCCAAGGGAGUAUGGCCGAGUUCACUUCUCCGUUCCUCGAGUUCUUCUCUUCGCGAUCGUGCCGCGUAGGUACCGGUGGUACCCGGCCGGCCUGGGGCGAUCGUCGUACCAACAAGUCACGACCUUUCGUAACCUAA